AUGGUGGAACUGCUAACUUUGCUCCUUAGUGUAUUCGGAUGGACCUUCUAUAUGAGUCUGUGCGCCAAACAAAAAGAGCUAAAGAGCGAAGGAAGAGGAAUGCCUAUUUCGACACGCAUUGCUGGAGACAGUUGGACAAAGAAAAGUGAACCUGUGUCUCCAGCCACCUCUUUAUCAAACACAACAGAAAAUACGCGGCCUUUGAAAAAACCUCUUUCAUGGGAACGAAGAAAACGGUUCAGCAGAGAUGAAAAUGAGAAGAAAUCAGAGGGGACAACGGAAAAGAAGGCCAGCGAUGAGAAGACAGAAGGGAAAAGCAGUAAGAAAGAGCAGAAGGAAAAGGAGGGAAAACCAAACAAAGAGGAGAAUAAAGCAAUUAAAGUUGAAGAAAAAUCGAAGAAAGCUCCUGAAGCUGAAAAACCUAUAAAAACAGAUCGAACAAUUGGCGAGAAAACAGAACAGAUGGACUUGAAACCUACAGCGAGUGCGACAAAACUAAAGGAUGGUGCAUCCAGUAGGGAGGCAAAACUUCCAGGGGAAACUUUGGCAUUGCUGGCAGCUGCAGAACAAAUGGCACUUGAGAACAAAGGUGACUACGAUAAUUUCGGUCCACCUGAAGCAAAAUGA